AUGGCCAUUAUUCACAUCCUCCUGAGAUCAAGUUUCUUGCCCGAAUCACCGCGUUGGCUCGUCUCAGUGGGCAAAUGGGAUGAGGCCAAUGUUCAGCUACAGCGUAUCGCCAAGAUGAAUGGGAAGAAAGAUGAAGUAAAUACAGAAGAGCUACUAGAAGCCCUCCAGAGAGAGUCUGAUAUCGGGACAGAAGAAGAAGGAAGCAGCCAUAAUGUAACAGACCUUUUCAAGACGCCAAACCUGCGGAAGAAAACAUUGCUGGUCACAUAUAUCUGCUUAUUUUAUUGUUUGGCCACUAUUGCAGACAAUAGGAAGAAGGUGGACGCUGGCCUCGACCAUGAUCGUGUGUGGGAUCGGAUGCGUGUCUGCGAUGGUCAUGCCGUCAAGUGA